GCCUGAGGCGCCAAAGCAACUCUGGGAAGAUGCUUAGCUAAGUGGGGUGCGGACACUGGGAUCAAUGAGCUAAGGUCCUAAGCCUCUUGCUUGCUUUGGGGAGUAAAAGGUGAUGGCGACAGCGACGCUAAGGAAUCUCAAAGAGAGCCGGUGGCAGGCACAUACACAGCCAGCACCGCCGCCGACCUCCCGCCACAGGCGUCGCUGUGCGCUCGUGCGCAAGCCGGGGGAGCUGCGUUGCCGGGGAGCCGGCGCUCGAGCCCAGCGGGGGGUUUCAGUUUCUGGCGCGAACUUCCGCCGCUCCGAAUUUGCAAGGCAAAUUGGCGCGAUGUCUGGAGAUGGCAGUGGCCGCCGGUCCGAGGGUCGGGGUCGGAGCCGCGACCCUCACCGGGAUCGCACCCGCUCCCGUUCCCGUUCGCGGUCUCCGCUGGUCCGCCGCGGCUCCGCGCCCGAGCGCAGGGAGGCAGCGGAGCGCCCGAGCUUGGAGGACACCGAACCGUCUGAUUCCGGGGACGAGCUGAUGGACCCGGCCUGCUUGGAGGCCGAGUACGAUCAGGGCCUGUGCCGCCAGAUCCGCCAUCAGUACCGCGCUCUCAUCAACUCCGUCCAACAAAACCGGGAGGACAUACUGAAUGCUGGUGACAAAUUAACAGAGGUCCUUGAAGAGGCCAACACUCUGUUUAGUGAAGUAUCAAGAGCAAGAGAAGCAGUUCUAGAUGCCCAGUUUCUCGUUCUGGCUUCAGACUUGGGCAAAGAGAAAGCCAAACAGCUGCGCUCUGACCUAAGCUCAUUCGACAUGUUAAGAUACGUUGAAAUGCUACUGACACAUAUGGGUGUAAAUCCUCUAGAAGCUGAAGAAGUCAUCCGUGAUGAAGACAGAACUGACCUUGAAUUAAUUGUCUAUGACUCCUGGAAAAUAUCAGGCAAAACAGCAGAAAACACCUUUAAUAAAACCCAUACAUUCCACUUUCUGUUGGGUUCAAUACAUGGAGACUUUCCUGUGCCAAAGCCACGAAGUGAUCGUCCAAGACAGCCUCGCAUGAUAGAAGAGCAGCGGGCAAUGCCUGCUCAGUUGAAAUGCAUGGAGGAAUCUCAUCAAGAAGCGACUGAGAAGGAAGUAGAAAGGAUCUUGGGGUUGUUGCAGACCUACUUCAGAGAAGACCCUGAUACGCCAAUGUCCUUUUUUGAUUUUGUGGUUGAUCCACAUUCUUUCCCCCGCACAGUGGAAAACAUCUUUCAUGUUUCCUUCAUUAUACGGGAUGGUUUUGCGAGAAUAAGACUUGACCAAGACCGACUACCAAUAAUAGAGCCAGUGAUUAAUGAAGAAAAUGAGGGAAUUGAACAGAACACGCAAAUGAGGAGCCAAGGAAUUAUAGCCCUGAGUUACCGUGACUGGGAGGAGAUUGUGAAGACCUUUGAGAUUUCUGAGCCUGUGAUCUCUAUGAGUCAGAGCCAGCAGCGGCUAAGUGCCUGAUGCCAGCUGAAGACAUAAAGCAGAGGAGGAAGGUGAGCACAGAGUUAUCUUGGAGCGAUGCGAGCAAAUGGACAUUUCUGAAAUGAAUUAUGCUAUGCAAAAUUCGGUUUAUACAAAGGGGAAGAGCUCUGGAAGGAAACUGUAACAAUGAUAUGGUGGUAUUCUGUACUGAAGACAGUAGUGGGUGGAAAGGACCUAGAAUCUGUCGGCCCUGCCUCUCACUUUUAAAAUUUUAUGGAGUCGCUUCAUGUUACGCAUUUAUUUUCAUUAACUUUAAGUCUGUCUAUAAAAUAACUCUAGUCUGUUAGCUUCAAUUUCCUCUCACUUUGAGAACUAAAAUGAGCUUUUAAAGUACUGUGUAUAAACUCAGUAUGUGUUUCAAUUAACGGAACUUAUUUUGUUUCAAGAUAGCUUACCUCUGUCAGACUCUUGAGGGAAAGGGAACUCCAUGAGGAGUAGAGUGGCUUACCUGGCCCUGCGCUGACAAGGGGCUAGUCACUAGAUGUAUGUGUGUGUAUAACAUGUCAGCUAUUAACCAGCUAUCUUCCUUUCAUUUUUUUAUU